AUGUUCAUACCAAGCGGAUCACUUCAUUCAGCUUCAAUUGGCUACGCACCGCGUAAAAAUCAUGCAAAACAAGUAAUAUUGCAACAGUCGAAACGAAGCAUAAAUAAUUUUCCUAUUGACAAUUUUUCAGAUUUUUAUUCUGAUUUUUGGAAAUGCCAUCUUCAACUAAUUAUUAGCCUACAGGGUUUCGAACUUGAUGCUUCAACUCGCCACCUAUGUGCUAUGAAUAUCAUGGAAAUGAAUGGUUUUGCGAAAGCCGGAUUAAUAAAUUUUUUAACUGAGAACAAUGCAUGUAAAGCAUUCGGGUGCGCUACGAAUGAACUUGAAUCUAUUUUGAAUGCUGACAAUAGUGAAAUUCUUAGUGCUCUUUGGAAACAAACUGUUUCGAAAAUUAUCCCUACUUUACAAGCUAUACUGUACCCACUGAAGGUAUUCCAAGAUGAUUUCGAUAUCCGUCAUGCAGUUUUAGCAACUUUUCGAAACAAAGUCCUGAAUCGAGUACUUCCAUCAAUCGACUUUCGCAUACCAUUAUUAUAUCGCUCAAUGAUAUUUAGCAUAUUAAUUCUAACCGAUGAUAAUUCACAAGAAUUCAUUAUUUUCAAGAAAAUUGGUGGUUCAAUCCUCGCCUAUGAGCAUGGACAAAAGAAAUCAUCGGCUAUUGGAUGCAACAAAUGCAGUGAUGUAAAUGAUGUGAUCUGA